UCCGAGUCUGUGUCAGUGGACACCGCUGACAUUAAUCUGUAAGAUCUGUCAGAGUGGGUGAGUGUUCGAAAGUAUGCUCCGCACCGUUUCUUGGCUGAAGUGGAUGUAUCCAUGGCAGUGAAAAUUAUUGCGGCAGUAUGUCCCUACAUUUUAUCCAUUCUAUUUAACACAGCUUUCAGCAUGGCAUUAUGCUCGAUCAACAAACCCUGGAAUCAACAAAGACAAGGUUCUAAUUGUUGUUGACUCGUUCGCACCUUGUGUUUUGAGGACGAAUAAUCAUGCCGCCCCCUCGCAAGGCCACCUCCAAGCCCCCAAAGACAAGUGUUCUGUCGUCACCGCAGGGUAAUCAACCGCUUGCGCACACCUCAAGAGGCCGAACACGCCGACCAACAGAAAAAGAAAACUAUCGAGUAUCUGAAACACGAAGCACAGUCCGUCGUCAGGCCACAAAGGAGAAAAAGGCGGAAAAACAGAAAAAACGGGCACUCAAGGCGUCCUAUCAAGAGAACCCUGAUGACUUCGAGAUCGAACCCUCUGAGCUACAUAGUGACGCUGACCAUGAUGAAGAUACUAUGUUCUUGGACCAUGCUCUGCAGACGAAGCUGUCCAACACAAAGGUCUUGUCAUUCAGCAUGGGGAAAAUACCCCCGGCAUCACGCAUCACUAGCGGCAGUGCACGCCAGUUGAAGGCACCAAUUGAUUCUGACAACACUAACGUUGAUGAGUCUUCUGGUGACGACUCAGACAAGAACGACAAUUAUCAAUCUGACGCUGGCGCUGGCCAGACUGACGAAGAGGACGGUGACACUGUCGAAGAGGAUGGUAACACUAUCGAUGAGGACGGUAACACUAUCGAGGAACAACUACCUGCUACUCGGGCUAGCAAGCGACCGCUCGACACUGAAGAGGGCGCCACGGUAGCGUUGAAGAUGAAGAAACAUUCAGAUGGCUCCCGUCUGCCGAGUCGUGUAAAAGUCACUGACUUCGAUGAUGUCUCCAAAGACAUCCUUGUAACCGCAAUCUCUAUCUUCCACUGUCUAAUCGUCACACAGGCGCCGUUUCCAAAUUCCAUUGCUGACGAGACGAUGCUGGGAAAAGAAGCCUGGCGUGAGGCUUGCCAAUUGAAAGGCAUCAACAUCAAAUUGACGCCUUUAGCAAUUAAGAUGCUCUUGAAACGCACAUCGCAUGUGCGCGGUGAACUCAAAAUGAAGAUGCGGUCGCUUACUCGGACUUUUUUUGGGUUUCGGUCGAGUGAAUUGAGGGACGUUAUAAGGCAAAACCGUGAUCUAGCGGAAGCCUUGAAAGAUGGUUCAUCGUUCGUUUUCAAGGACUGGAAAGCGAAGACGGGGAUAUACAAGACCGAGCUACUCCAAGACGGUAUCAAUGUCAUGUGGUUUGCAAACCGAAACGACGAGGGCAUCGUCUACAACCAGUUUUUCAACCCCAUGCCUAUCAAGCUUAUUGCGCUCAUGCUUACAACUAUCGAAUGCUGUAUUGACGAGUGGAUGCAGGGCGUGAAGGAAGACAUCAGGUUCACAGCCAUCACAUAUGGAUCUGUCUACAACAAUCAUUUGAACUCGCUGCAGCGUUUUGACGAGCGCACGGCGCCUUACAAGCUCUUCGAAAGGAUUUGUGACAAUUUGCAUGACGUGGCUCGUUUCCAUGCAGGUGUAGUAGAUACACCCACUACAUUCUCAGACGCAUCCAGAAUCAGUGACGAGGCAAUUGAAGAUGCCAUUCGAGAACACCAGCUUCAGGAGGAGAGUGGGCGGCGAGGCUAG